GUAUCGAAGAACAGUCAGUCCGCACUGGUUCGCUUCGAAGACAACACGUGAAUCAUGCUGGUGAAGCUGCUUAUCAUUUUCAUUUGUACAGGCUUAGCCGUCCACGCAAAUGUGGACGAGACUUCGCCGAGAGUCAAAACUCCCUUGGGAGGAAUAAAGGGCUAUUACAAAACGUCGCAGAAUGGCAGAAAAUACGAAGCGUACGAAGGAAUUCCUUACGCGUUGCCACCUACUAAAAAACUGAGAUUCAAGCCUCCUCGUCCAAUAUCGCCAUGGGUCGGCGAAUUAUCGGCCACGAAAUUCGGUUCACCUUGUGUGCAAUACACCCAGGAAUCUGAUUCGGAUAAAGUGAUAGGCGCCGAGGAUUGCCUGUAUUUAAAUAUUUACGUGCCAAUGCGGGAAAAAACGACGAACAAAACUCCUAUGCCGGUGCUGUUCUGGAUUCACGGUGGUGCCUUUCAAUUUGGCGGCGGUAUAUUUUACGGCGCCAAGUAUUUGAUGGAUCACGACGUCGUGUUCGUCACGAUCAAUUAUCGUCUGGGACCGAUGGGUUUCCUCAGCACGGAGGAUGAUGUGGUUCCCGGCAAUAUGGGUCUCAAAGAUCAAAAUAUGGCUCUUCGAUGGGUAUCGGACAACAUUGAGUGGUUCGGCGGCGAUCCGAAGAAGAUCACUCUGGUCGGUUGUAGCGCUGGCGGUGCGAGCGUGCAUUAUCAUUACUUAUCGCAACUAAGCGCCGGAUUAUUCCAAGGAGGCAUAUCUGUCAGCGGCACCUCGUUCAACUGUUGGACGCAGACUGAGAAUUCUCUGGAGAAGGCCAAGAAACUGAGCGUUCUGAUGGGAUGUCCUACAACUAGUACGAAAGAUAUGAUACGCUGUUUGAGAUAUCGUCCGGCUCGCGCCCUUGUACAAGCUACCGCAGAAUUUCAAACGUUCUUCUACAAUCCCUUCACGCCCUUCGGACCGGUGGUCGAAAAAGGCGGCGACGCGCCUUUCAUUGACAGAACGCCCGCGGAAAUAGUGAGUAGUGGAGACGUCCAGGACAUAUCGUGGAUCACGAGUGUGGUGAGCGAGGAAGGCCUCUAUCCUGUAGCCGAAUUCAUCGCUAAAGAGGAAGCGCUGAAACAACUUAACGACAACUGGAAGAUUCUUGCUCCGGAUUUUCUCGACUUCAAUUACACAAUACCCAGAGAAAAACACGCCGAGACCGCUCAUCUCAUUAAGAAGCAUUAUUUUGGAUCAAAACCGAUAGAUCGGCAUAGCACAAAGCAACUGGUGCAAAUGGCGAGCGAUCGUUUCUUCGUGACCAACAGCGAUAAGGCUGCGCGUAUGCAGGCCAAAGUUAAUCAAAAUCCGGUCUGGUAUUAUUAUUACUCGUACGAGGGAGCGGAAAGCUUGAGCUUUACUUUUACUCAUACUAGAGAGAAAUAUGGAGUCUCUCAUGCCGAUGAUGCCUUCCUUAUAUUGGAUACUCCUUAUAUUAACCCAACAACAACAGAAGAAGAUCUCAAGAUGCAGCAGAAGUUAAUUGGGGUCUGGGUAUCUUAUGCCAGAGAUGGAAUUCCAAAAGUAGACGGUGCGGAAUGGUUGAAAGUUGAUCCUUCAGCGAAAGAACUGCGUUAUCUACACUUUUCUAGUCCUACAGAGAUUAAUAUGGAAAGUAAUGCCAAUCUUGGAGAAAAAGAGUUUUGGAAUUCAAUUUCUUUUACCGAGAAUGUUUUGAAAUCACCACAAUCUAACACCAGAAAAGAAGAGCUUUGAAUGUUUUUAAGAAACAUUCUUGUGUGCACGCAUAAAUGUUGCUUGUUAAAUUUCCUAACUAUCUGUAUAAGAUCUAUAUAGAUUUGAUUCAGAUGAUAACUCUUUUGUAUACAAGUUUAGUGACUAUUAAUAAUAAAUAUUUAAUAAAUGUU